CUACCUAAAAUGCAAUUUUAUUUUAAUAGUAACUCUGCAAUUGUUAAUAAUUAUACCUAGCUAAUGAUAAUUAUAAACAAAACUUCAAAGUGCUAAAAAAGUGAUUACGAGUCACGAGAAAUAAAGAGAAUAAUCGCAGAAAAAUAUAUUGAGGCAAAAAUCAUGGAUGAUAUAGAUGAGAGCUAUGAACCAAUGGAUAUUGAUUUAAGUUCUAAUUCUGUAAGUCCUAUGGAUAUUUCAUUUAUAGAGAAAGAUUUAGAAUUUUCACCAGCAACUAUAAAGUCAGAAAAAGAGGACGAUAUUUAUGAAAAACGUUUAAACUUAAAGCCCAUCACCGUUAACAACUUAUUAAAAAAUUACACACAGAAUCGUAACAGAUACAAAUUUACCACAAAUCAAAUUGCAAAAUUAGUUUUAUAUAUAAUGGUGGUGCUUUUUGCUGUUGUUACAUAUCAAAUAGCAUAUUUUAAAUGUAAUGAAAGUUUAAACAUAGGCUUGUUAAAAAAAUCUUUUGCAUCAAAGAUAUAUGGCCAAGAUAUAGCAACUGAAAAAUUAUUAAAAGCGCUAGAUUCUGAUGUACCCAACAAAGUUAUAACAUUGUAUGGUGGAACUGGAGUUGGCAAAACAUAUACAGCCUCAUUAAUACUUGAAAAUAUACUACAAUAUGGUAAUACUUACCACUAUACAAUGCCUGGCUUUUUACAAACAUCAUCAGAUUUUAUGUUAGGCUUAAUUUACUGUGAAUCAUCAAUCAUAGUUAUAGAUGAUCUAAGUAGAAAUGACAUAUUGAUGGUUAAAGAUCAUAUUAAAGAUUUAAUUACAAAGAGUUUAAAAUACUCAAAAAAAAUUAUGAUUAUUCUACUUUAUAACUGUGAUACUAUGGGAGAACAAUUUUUCCGAAAAUGUGAUAGUCAUUUUUUACAAGAGUUGACACAGAGCUUGAAAAAUAUUGAUGCCCAUAAGUUUUAUAUUAAAUAUGAGCUAUUAAAUGAAGAAGUUUUGAGAAAGUGUAUUAAAAAUGAACUUUCUGAUAAAAUGUUGACUGAGUCUGACAUUGCUCAUAUCAUGAAAAAUUUUAAUGUAACUAUCGAUGGAUGCAAAGGUGUUUAUCAGAAAAUGAAAUAUUUAAGCAUAGUUUAGUUUCAAGGUAUGUAAUAUAUUGAAGAAAAUAUUAAAAUUUGUAUUUCAAAUAGA